AUGUGGGACCAGGCGUCGGGGCGACGGUUGCGGGUCCGGCGUAGGGCCUCGGCGCGGCUGCUGGCGUUCGCCGGGACGCUCGAAAGCACCAUCGACGCACACGCGGCGCUCUGGGGCGCCGCCAAGGUCAACCAGGACCGGGAGGAGCGGGUAGAGAGCUUGCUAUGCAACCUGGCCAAGGCAUUCCAGGAGGCGAUACUCGUCGGCGACCACAGGCUGGCGGAGGCGAAGAGGCUUACGAAAGCCAGACUAGAAGGGAAUAGAGAGGGAUCGCGGUCCCACGCCUACGUCUACGUCCGAGAGUGGGGGAUUCGGCUGGAUGAACAUGACGACGACGUAUUAACGGCUGACGGGUUGACCGACGUAACACACAAGAUUCGGGGUAUCGAGGCGACAGGCUCGAUGCUGUGUAUACAGGCGCAAGAGACUAGCAAGGAGUUACGCUGGCGACGGAGCGCCUCAGCCGACCUCGAAAAGGGGCUGAGUGGGCAGCGAGCCACACUGGGGAUCCUGAUCAAGAAAAACGAGGCGGGUGAGGCGGACGAAGACGGUGGCGACCCCAUCGGCAUCGAACGAGAGCUGUUGAGGUUGGCGGAGCGAUUCACCGGGGGCUUGGAGCAAGCUUACUUUGAAUGA